AUGCUGACCGACACAGUCCCAAUCUUCGGCUACCGUCGGCGGCCGUACAUGAUCAUCGGCUGGUCAUUGUCGUUCAUCUCGUGCCUGCUCAUGGCCGCGCUGCCACUGGGGGAGCCGUAUUAUACUGAUCCAUCGCUGUCCGACAUCGCCACGGUUGACAUGACGCCGGAGCAGCUCGCGACGCUCAACACGGACGCUCCAAACCGCGGCAUCAAGCUCAUCAUUUUGAUGAUGAUCGCGAACUUCGGCACGGUGAUGGCGUACAGCGGCUUCAACGGAGCCCUGAUGGACGUCUCGCAACGUGAGCCGGAAGCUACUCGCGGUACGGCAAUGGGCGACGUCAUUGUCGUUCACUACAUCUUCAUGGUCAUCUCGUCGUUCAUGACGGGCAUCGGUCUCAACAGUGAAGCCUACGGCGGCACCUACUCGUGGACCAUGGGCUUCAACGCCAUCAUGUGGGUGUGCCCGGCGAUGUCGUUCCUCACGAUCCCGUUCUCCUGGUACUGCGUCCAAGAGGUCAAGGGCGAGCGCGCGGAGAUGCCGGUUCUGCCCUUCCUGUACAACCUCUUCCAGGAGCGCGUGAUCUACCGCUACGCCGCCUACCGCUUCUUCUACACCGUCUUCUCGACCAUCACCGUGACUUCGUCCAGCGCGAUCCAGAGCGACUGGGCCAAGGUUGAGCCGCUCAACUCGGGCAUCGCGAGCAUGCUCACGGCCUUUUUGACGAUCAGCGGCACGUACUUGGUCAAGACGCGCGGCCUCCACUGGAACUGGCGCCAUAUCAUCAUCGUGUGCGAGGUCUGCGUCGUAUUCAUCGACGCCAUCCCAACACUGCUCACGAUCUGGGACGUCUACCGCAGCCAGUGGUUCUGGCUGGGCGUGCCGCUCGUGGCCGAAGUGCCGUUUGCGGCCGGUGACUAUGUGGCACAGCUCUUCAUGAUCGAGAUCGAGAACCAAAAGGGGUUCGAGGCCACGCUGCUGGGCCUUGCGGUCACGACGCAGUCCGUUGGAUCGCCCUUCGCCACUGUGAUCACCAAGUCUGUGGACGGAUACUUCGACAUUGGCCGCACGUUUAUCGAGCAGGACAACCACCACGUGCGGUCUCAGGUCACGUUGGCGUACCUCAUCGCGUACGCGUUCAACCUGGUGUCCAUGGCCUUCGUACUGUACCUGCCCAAGCAGAAGGACGUGAUCCACGAGAUGCAGCGCGAGAACCGCAAGAGCAAGUUCUGGGGCGUCGUGACGAUCUGCUACCUCUGGCCUGGACGCUCAUGA